AAAAAAAAAAAAAAGGCAAACGAAGUAAGGGUAUCCUCAGGAAAGACUGAUUUGUAAGCUGCACCGAUCCCCAGCAACCUCUUUUGACAUCUUGGCACCCGCUUUCCCGAAACAACCAGAUUUCAUCCACGCCUCGGAGAAAGCAGUUCUGACAAACCUAUGACUUGCUCGAAAUAAAUCCUACAGGAUUCAAAAGACCUGCUAUAAGGGAUCUUUGCCAGACUCUUUCCCUAACAUCUCGAACCCUCCCCAGCACCACCGAAGAAACCACAUUACGUCAUCGCGUCGACACCUCCCCUGAAAAUGCCCACGAUCGGAGUCUUCCCCGCCGCCGGCGCCCUGGGCACCAGCACGGUCAACCACCUCAUUAAACUCGUGCCGGCGUCCGACUUGAUCCUCGUGGCGCGGAAGCCGGACAACGACCACCUGGCCGAGCUGGCCCGCGCGGGGGCAAUCGUCCGCCGGGCCGACUACGAGGAGCCGAGCACCCUGGACUGCGUCUUUGACGGGGUCGACGUGCUGCUGUUGAUCUCCUAUGCGUCAAUUGAGAUCCAGUUUCGGUUCGAGGCACAUAAACACGCCAUCGACGCGGCGCGCCGCAGCGGCGUGAAGCACAUCUUCUACUCGUCGCUUGGGUUUGCCGGUGAUCUGGAGAAGAGCAGCGUGGCGCACGUGAUGAAAGCGCACCUCAAGACGGAACGGUAUCUGGCGGAGUUGCAGUCCUCGUCAUCUAGUACUCAAUCUACCUAUACGGCGGUGCGGGAGGGGAUCUACUCGGAGUCGUUCCCGAUCUACACGAGCUGGUUCGACCUCCACCACCCGGCGGACGAGGUGGCCAUCCCGCAUGCCGGGGACGGGCCCGGGGUGACCUGGGUGAAGCGCGACGAGCUGGGCGAAGCCACGGCGAAGCUCAUCGUCGAUUAUACGGAAAACCCGCGCGAGUUCCCGUACGUGAACCGCGUGCUGCUGCUCACGGGCCCGCGGGAGAUCUCGCUGCGGGAGACGGUCGAGAUCCUGGGUCGGGUGAUCGGGAAACCCCUCAAGAUCCGGGAGAUCUCCAUGGAUGACUUUGUCAAGCUGCCGCAGCAUGGGAAGAAAUUCUUCUACCAUGGGAUUGAUCUGACGAGGGAAUGGGCCACGGCUUGGGAUGCCAUUCGGCGCGGGGAGACGGCGGUCGUGUCGCCGCUCCUGGGCCAAAUCUUGGGUCGCGAGCCGGAGAGCUUCGAAACCACGAUCGAGGUAUUGUAUAAUAGUGGCGAGUCGCUGGCUGAACGCAGAUACUAG